CACUUGUUGGCACCCUCCGAUGCGGUCGUGCCUAGCAGCGGGAUCACCUAGCUUGUCCCUACUUCUUAGUGGUGUAUACUCCGCAUGAACCCCGCACGAACGAGAGUCGCGGUCAAUGAAGAUGCUUUGAGUCUGGAAAGAAAGAUAAGACAGUCAAUUCGCUCCGAUUAAUUGCCAAUCCCUUCCUCUUUGUCCGUCUCCUAGUGUUCAACAGCUGCCGUCGCAUUGUGCAGCUCCCGACUCUCAACCAUUUCCACCAUGACCUCAAACAACGCUUCCUACCUUAUCAUCGGCGCGGGCGUCUUUGGCGUAUCCACAGCCUACCACCUCAUCCAGAAAUAUCCCAAUGCGUCGGUCACUCUAGUAGACCGGGAUGCAUACGAUGCUGACUCCCGCGUGGCUGCCUCGUGGGACUGGAACAAGGUGGUGCGCGCCGACUACGACGACAAAGUCUACUGCCGGCUCGCUCUCGAGGCGCAAGACAUCUUCAAGACGGAUCCUCUCUGGCAGCCCUAUUUCCACCAGACCGGCGUCUACUGGACCUGUCGCAGCAGCUAUGCCCAGAACGUCAUCACGAACCACAAGGAGCUCGGUCGCGACGACGACAUCAUCGCCCUGCCGGUCGCUGAGGCCCGGAAGCUGUACGGUGGCAUCUUCGAUAAUGCGGACUAUACCGGGGUCAAGGAGGUUCUGAUCAAUCGGGCCAGUGGCUGGGCUGCUGCCGGCGAUUCACUGAGGGCUGUCACAAAGCGGUGUCUUGAAUUGGGCGUCAAGUAUGUGACGGCUGACGUUGCCGCUUUGGAAUUUGACGGUCGUGGCUCUUGUACUGGUGUUAAGACAAAAUCGGGUCAGGUCUUGUCGGCUACGCGCGUUGUCGUCGCUGCGGGUGCUUUCACGCCCACGUUAUUGGAAUGGAGCGCGGCAGCGAGCGGGAAUCCUGGUUUGCGGGCUGGAGAGCGGAUUCUGGCUGCUGGUAUCACGACGGGAAUGGCUCAGCUCAAUGAGGCGCAGUAUAAGAAGUACAAGGACAUGCCGGUCGGGUUCCAGGGCUACACGCCCGAAGAGGGCAAGCCCUUCAUUGGUACCCUCCCUCCUACGAAGGACGGAGAGAUGAAGUGGUGGGGUUCUAAAAUCUUCACAAACACUCGUGAGGUAGUUCCUGGGAGUCACAUCUCUUCCCCUCCGCCCACAUUCGACUACAACCAGUGGAAGGUCCCCGGGCCUCUGAGGCAGGACAUUGUCGAGUCCCGGAAUCUAUGGUAUGGGCCCGCGAGCGCGGAUUGGGAGAUGACGAAACACCGAAUCUGCUGGGACGCUUUCACCACAACUUCCGAUUUCAUCAUCUCUCCUCACUCGGCCUCAAAGGGACUCUACGUCGCCACUUGCGGUUCGUUCCACGGCUACAAGUUCUUCCCCGUGCUUGGAAAGUACGUCGUACAGAUGCUGGAGGGCGAGUUGACGCCCGAAUUGGAGGAGAAAUGGGCCUGGGAUCGACAGCGUCCUGAUUCGUCUGAAAACGUGGAGUACCCGAACGCCGAGAUGAAGCAUCUGUUGCAGCCUGCGGCGAAGCUAUAGUGGGACUGGAAAUGCUUUUCGGGAUGAAUUGGAAUAUGGUCAUGAUUAUAAGCGCGUUUUUAAAUGAUUAUGAUAGAAUGUGUAUAUGUUUGGGGUAGCUGGGGUGGGUAGAAUAAAUCACAGGUUAUAUAUGUAUGCGAGAAGUUAAAC